CGCGCCCCCUUAUCCGGCUGAGGCGUUUCUCCUUCGUUCCCUUCGCGCCCGGGAGCAGCCGCCGUCAUGCUGGAAGAGGCCGGCGAGGAGGUGCUGGGCUCGGUGCUGCUGAAGGCCUCGUGCCUGCCGCUCAGCUUCCUGCUGGUGCUGCCCGCCGUCCUGCUGCUGCUGCUGGGCCCGCCGCCGGCCUCGGCCGCCCACGAGUUCACCGUCUACCGCAUGCAGCAGUACGAGCUCGGGGGGCAGCCCUACGAACUGGAUCAGCAGAUCCUUGGGCACUCCAAGCUUUCUGAGUUGAGCUUUCUGUGGCUGUCCCAUGGGGCUGACUCCAAUGGCAGUGGGGUCGCGGUACUCUUAGAACUCGCCAGGUUGUUCUCCCGGCUCUACACGUACAAAAGGACCCACGCCGCGUACAACUUGCUCUUCUUUGCAUCCGGAGGUGGCAAGUUUAACUAUCAGGGGACGAAGAGGUGGCUGGAAGACAACCUGGAUCACACAGAUUUCAGUCUGCUGCAGGAUAAUGUGGCGUUUGUCCUCUGCCUGGACACUCUGGGGAGGGGCAACAGUCUUCACCUACACGUCUCAAAGCCUCCGAAAGAAGGGACUCUUCAGCACACCUUCCUGAAGGAGCUGGAACAGGUCAUUGCCCACCAUUUCCCAGAGGUGAGGUUCUCCAUGGUGCACAAGAAGAUCAACCUGGCUGAAGACAUGCUGGCCUGGGAGCAUGAACGCUUCGCCAUCCGUCGCCUUCCGGCCUUCACGGUUUCCCACCUGGAGAGCCACCGCGAUGGCCUGCGCAACAGCAUCAUGGACGUCAGGUCAGCCGCUGGGGUCAAGCCGGCCAUCUUUGACCUGCUCCUGGCUCUCUGCAUAGCAGCCUACCUUGGUGUGGCAUACAUCGCUGUGCAGCAUUUCGGCCUCCUUUAUAAGCUGGUCCAAAGGGUCUCUCGGAAAUCCAAACAGCAAUGAAACAACAAUCGCAUCCUGGUGUUGUUUCUUCCUUCGUUGCAUCCUGCUUCUCCUCCUCCUUCCUGCUCUCCUCUCCUUCAAGGGCAGGACGCAAAAGCUCGAGAUGGUAAACAAACAAACAGAACCCACCAAACCACAAAAACAACAACACCACAACAACCACACUCUUCCCACAUCCCUUGCAUUUCUGCAAAAGCUCCUUCCCCGUCCUCUUUUUCCCCUGGCACAGAACUGCAGAGACCCGAUCAAACUUCUGGACACGAUCUCUACCCACUACAGAUGGAAACCUUUUCCCGGAUAAAAUGACUUUUUUUUCCAUCAACCUGUUGCUGCUGGUUGAGAAACAACAUGUGCCAUAAUUCUAAGCUGGGGGUGGGUGGGGAGAGGCAGGAGACUGGGGUGGGGAGGGCCCCACACCUGCCUGUCAAAAGAACUUGAAAGGGGGAUGUGGUUGGUUUUUUUU